AUGUCCUUUUCGCUUGUGAAUUCUCGCAACAUUUCGUCGUUGGUAUUGAGAAACAAUUCAUUUUCUGCUUUGAUUGAUUUGAAUUGCUCGGCGAUGGUGAACCUUAAGUUGCUUGAUUUGGUUGAUAAUAAGUUUACAGGUUCGAUUCCGAAUAAUCUUCCUGCCUGUCCAUUGUUGAAGACCAUAGAUCUUGGUGGAAAUAAUCUAACAGGGCAAAUACCGGAAACAUUUAAAAACUUUAAUUCAUUGUGUUAUCUUUCUUUAUCAAUGUGCAACUUGAAUAACUUAUCUGGAUCGCUACAAAUUCUACAUACGUGCCCAAAUCUUACGACUCUGGUCCUUAGCCGAAGCUUUGACAACGAAGAAAUCUUUCACUUGUUUCCGAAUUUGAGUUACUUUGCUGCGCAUUCGAAUAAUCUUGAUGGGAGGAUGCCCUUUUCACUUGUGAAUUCUCGCAGCAUUUCGUCGUUGGUAUUGAGAAACAAUUCGUUUUCUGGUUUUAUUGAUUUGAAUUGUUCGGCGAUGGUGAACCUUAAGUUGCUUGAUUUGGUUGAUUAUAAGUUUACAGGUUCGAUUCUGAAUAAUCUUCCUGCCUGCCCAUUGUUAAAGACCGUAGAUCUUGGUGGAAAUAAUCUAACAGGGCAAAUACCGGAAACAUUUAAAAACUUUAAUUCAUUGUGUUAUCUUUCUUUAUCAAUGUGCAACUUGAAUAACUUAUCUGGAUCGCUACAAAUUCUACAUACGUGCCCAAAUCUUACGACUCUGGUCCUUAGCCGAAGCUUUGACAGCGAAGAAAUGUCGUCUGAUGCUAAACUACAGUUCAAAAAGCUCAAAACUCUAGUGAUUCCUAGUUGCAAGCUCACGGGUAGGAUACCUGUUUGGUUAAACGGGUUAACCAAACUCAGGAUACUGGACUUGUCAUGGAACGAGUUGACCGGAAGUAUCCCACUCUUUUUAGGAAGUUUGCAGUCUUUGGUUUACUUGGAUUUAUCAAACAAUUAUCUAAGUGGAGAGAUCCCAAAAAGCCUAACAGGAUUACCCGAUCUGCAGUUUCAUGAAACCUUUGUCUUGUUUAGUGUAGAGAUGGAGAUCGCCGGAGAUGAAGAUUGCCGGAGAAGAAGAUCGUUGGAGAAGAAGAUCGGCGGAGAUGUGGAGGAGUGGUGUGGGAAGGAAACAGAAUUGAAGUGGAUUUUGUCUUUUAGCGACCGUCGCGAACGUCCAACACUUGACGGUGAGGGCGAGGACAGGGUGGGGCGGGAUGGUGUGCGGUCCAUCGCCGGGGCUGGACGGGUGGGGGAUGAUCCCCAUAUCGUCUAG